CCUCACUCUCUCCCUCACCCCUCACCACACCAGGUAGACACACCUACAGUCCCCUCUGGUGAGGUAAGCUCCGGGAGCAAUGUGCUGGUGUAGAGCGUGGGUGCUGGUGGUGGUGUGGGCGGGAGUGGUCGUGGGUGGACCCAUGUCCGGCAGCAAGGCAUUCUUCAAACACAAGAGUAAUUCAUCACAGAUGGUGACCGUGCCGUCUGAUCUCCUUGUCCAGCUCUUAGACGUCACCCGCUCCUUGCAGAAACUCCUCCCUUCUGAUCUCCCCGUCACCUUGCUCGACGUUACCCCAGAGGAAGCCGUGGCGAGGGUUGGGGACGAAGGCCACAACUCGCUACUAUCCCUGGCACUUCGACACCACGCCCUUCUGCAGCAGCGUAACGAAGAGCUGCUGACGCAACAUGGCCGCUGCACCGCGCAGAUCGAAGCCCUCCAAGAAGACAAGCAGGAACUUCGACUACAGCUCCUGGAGGUCAAGCGACAACUCCAGCAGCUGCAGAGGUCCCGAGGAGACCCAUUACCGCCUCCGACAGGCACAGUCGAGGGCGCCAAGAAGAGUAACAAGGUGAUUGAGGAGCCAAUGUGCCCCUGUAAGGAGAAUAUCACGGAAGCCGAACUGGAGGAGAGGAACUUCGUUGGGGAAGACUGUGUGUGUGAGAAUGUUACUGUGUCGCCGCCCCCGCCGCCACCCACUACGCCCGCGCCCAAGCUGCUGGGUACUGGGGCAAGAGUUAAGGAUUGUGCCGGUCACCAGAGUGAAGGGGAGACAGAGAGCGGCAUGUACGAGAUCUACCCUUCGGAGUGCCGGGCGGUGAGGGUGUGGUGCGACCUGCAGACGGACGGGGGAGGCUGGACGGUGUUCCUCAACAGGCAGCAGCAACCCAAGCAGGUCAACUUCACCAGAACCUGGAAGGAGUACAGACAGGGCUUCGGCGACGUUACUGCUGAGUACUGGCUAGGCAAUGAGUACCUGCACCAGCUGACAGCCAAGGCCGCCCACGUCCUGAGGGUCGACGCUGAGGACUUCAACGGCAGCCGCCGGUGGGGCGUCUGGGGGCGCUUCCGGGUCGAGGACGAGGACCACAACUACAAGCUGCUGGCGGUGAUGUACUCCUCCAACAGCACCCUGGGAGACGGUCUGCUCUGGCACAGCGGGAUGCAGUUCUCCACCAUCGACAAGGACAACGACAAACACAAAGGUAGCUGCGCGCACGAGUACAAGGGCGGGUGGUGGUACAAUGUCUGCCACAACGCCAACCCGACAGGGAUUCUCACGAACUCGGACGACUUCGACUCCGUGGGCUGGGUGUAUUGGAGUCCCCGGCAGUACAAGUGGGCCAGUCUUCGCUGGCUCCAGAUGAAGAUCCGACCACAGAACUUCGGCACACCGGAUCCUUCGGAUGGCCCGGGGGACUGUUCCGGGGACUAGUAGUAGUAGUAGUAGUCCUCCAUCAGUCUCAGGAGACUAUGGAGUUGUGCUGAAGCUGUUAUCCAUGCAGCAAGCCCUCCCGCUCUCCAUGGCGCCGAAAGUCUCCAAUGGGAAGGCAUUGGCAUUAGUAGUAUUGGUAGCCCCUCUAUAUGUACCUAUUCGUUGGUUCCGAAGAUCAGCGAGCCCCGUGGCCCGGUCUCUGACCAUCAGAGAUGCCCCUGGAGACCAUCAGGUACUUCAGGGGCCUUGGUAUUCGACCCCUUUGAUGUGAUGUUUCAGAGCCAGGAUUCGUCAAGCGUGUUCGUAACUCCUUUACAAAACCUCUACAUCUUUCCUCAGUCGUGGCAGUUGUGUGUAUGUUUACAGUAUUGUAAACAGUUAAUGAGCUGGGAAGCACUACGAGGUUGUUUACAACACUAAUAACCUCGGGUUGUGGAGUUUACAACAUUGUAAACUGUUUAUGUAAACAAAACCACCAUUACUGUUGAAAGAUGUACAUGUUUCGUCAAUAUUUUGAUGAAUCCUGUCUCUGGAUUCAUCAAGUAUGUCUUAAUAUACAUAAUUAUUCAUACUUUUGAACAACUAUUAGAAUAGUCUUAGCUGUUUUUAUUAAGCAUUCUGUAUUUAUCAAGUGAAUCCUCAUUCAUCUAACACAUCCAUGCACUGAUUCCCGCGCGAAGAUCGGCCAUCUUGGCGCGCGGAUUGAACGCUCCUGGCUGGACUUUCUUCCCACACCUCACCUGGAGAUCAUAUUUGAAUUCAGCUGGCUUCUUUGGGCCAGUGUGUGCUCACUGCAGCUACCCAGGGGCUCACAGCUCCGGGGGAGGCCGGAGCCUCCCUAAUGGACGCCUCCCCGAGUAGGGGCGCCAUGGACAUCCCAGAGAGUCCCAGAGAGGAAAACGUCUGUUGGAAAAUGAGCCGGCUGACGCUGCCCCAGAGCGAGAUGCUAAGAGGAAGUCUUCGCCUUCAGAAGACCUUCCUUCUGUGGUAUCUCAUUCCUCGUUUGUGGUUGUCCUAAUCCAGUCAACAACAGGUCAGUGCGUACAGUGCAAAUUUAGUACCGUAAGUGCAGCAAUUGAGGCGUCUGUAUUGUGGUAAUAUUGCCUGCCUGAAACCGUGCAUACCCUGGGUAGGGUGCAGCAUCAGAAAGAUGCUACACAUCAGAAAGGAGGCUCUAUCGCACGAAUGUGUAUUCGACAUUAUCAAGUUGGGGACUGGCCUGUCAGGUGUCGACAAGUAUUGUCACAGGAGGAGGAGGCGUCUCGGGCGUGGUAUGGGAAGAUUGGCCCAAUUGACCAGAGUGAUGAAGUGGAUGACAUCCAGGCCGCUCUGCAGGUGUUAUGGGGUGCAUCAGCGGGAUUAUUGGAAGUUACCAGGAUUUGCGGAGCAGCAGGGCCGACAUCCAUGGCCCGUGUAAAGUUCGAUGGGCCCCUCCCUGACCGGGUGGCACUACACAGGACCUCGUAUCAGGUCCACCCCUAUAACUUCCCUGUGUUACGAUGCUAUGCUUGCCAUCUUUUGGGCCACAGUUGUCUCACCAGCCGUAAUGCAGCGCGCUGUGCAAACUGCAGCAAAACAGGCCAUACAGAGAUAACGGUGGGUGCUCUGAUGCACCUCGCUGCUUUUUAUGUCAUGGCCAUCACAAGGUUAUGUCCAAGAAUUGCUCUGUAUAUCUUGAGGCCCUCCAGUUGGACAUCGAUCAUAAAGCAGCGGGGACCCCUCAACAUGAGCUGUCCCAGAAGUUGCGCACCCUCAAUCAGCCUAUCGCUUCUUCUCGCCUCCGGGUUCCCCCCUGGUCGGGCCUCUUCACAAGUAGGUUCUAGCACACGCUCUUGCCUGUCCCAGCCAUAUCCCUCAUACGCCCAGGCUGCUAAUCGAUCUUCCCUCCGGGGUCCCAUCGAUAUGGACGAAAACUCCAUCACGGAUUCAGACAUGGACGCUCAUUCUCGGCCGGAGCCUGGCACUCGUCACCCUCCUGCCUCUCCCCAGAGAAGCCAGCACUGAUGUCGUCGACACACCCAUCGAUCAGGAGGUACUGCUCCAUCAGAUAGUCCUGAUGAUCCUCUGGUCCCCCAGGCACUUUCCCAGGGGAUUGUGACGCCGGUGGAACAUGAGGCCCAGAGUGAAGCACCCACCAGGCACAGAUGCCGUCAAGAGGGUUCGCGAGCUCAUCACCGCUUCCGUCAGGCAGAGAGAAGCAUUGCUCAACAGCCUUUUGACUGGAUGUCAUUGAUGCCACAUUUUACUUACUUUGUAUGAGGACUUUAUGGCUUUUUCUAGUGGUUCCUCCUUUGGAGACAUUUGUGUACAGGUGGUCAGAAAGUUAGCUAUUGUAUUUCAGGGAUAAUGGCACCCCAUCCUGAGAAUAGUCUGGUGUUUUUUAAUGCCGUUCCCUUUUUAAGAAGACGCAAUUUCUACGCAAUUUUAUCACCAGUGCACCACCGUUGAUCGUGGGGCUCUGUGAGACUCGGCUUUCUGACGAUCUUUCCUUCACGGUGCCGGGGUAUUCGGUCUAUGGACAAGAUCGGCCAGUACGGGGUGGAGGGGAACUUGCCCUCUUGGUCAGGGACUCAGUUCCGAGCUCCAUGCUCCGGAUUCACUCCUUCCCAGGUGGGCAUUUAGAGUUCAUGGCAGUGAAGGUGGCCCUCUCCCAUGGGUGGGGCACCUUUGGAGGACUGUAUAACCCCUGUCUACUGGUAAUGGUGAAGGAACUAGAACACUAUUUUGGUCUGAUCACAGACACAUGCCUCGUCAUGGGUGACUUUAACACUCGCCACCCAUCAUGGCAACCUGUGCCAUUGAGUCGCCACUACAACACGACUGGCCGAGACCUGUGUCAGUUUCUCCAGACCUCUUCUUACUGACGCCGCCAGGUUUGGGAACCCGGAUAGACCCGCUCAAUGGCCAUACUUCAACGCUCGAUCUUUGCAUUGGAAGAGGCUCCUUCAUGAUGGCGCAGAUAUGGACCGGCUGUACCUGGGUAGUGAUCACCUGCCCACCGUCAUCUCCGUCGGGGGCACUGUUUGUCCUGCUCUGAUCACCUGAAGAUCCAAGUGGAUCUUCUCGGAGGAAAGGUUGCUUGGCUAUGAUGCGGAUGACUAUGGUCGACCCUUCCCCCAGUUACUGCAGAUCUGCAUGGGUCAGCGGAUGCUCUCUCCGAGACCCUCUUCAGUGUAGGCUCUCGGCAUUUUAGGAAGACUAGGGGGCCAGACCACCAAUCCCUUCCGCUGUGGGGCACUGUGGUGGACCCCUGAAUGUCGGCAGGCAGUACUGGACCGGUGGCGUGCAUGGAAUUCGUGGUGGCACCACCCUACUCCACUGAAGCGGCAGACCUUCUGCAGAGCGGACGCCAGGUGUAGGCGAACAGUCCUUUUGCCAAACGGAAGUCCUGGGCUGAUUACUGUGCCUCUCUGCGAUUCGACUUCUCCUCUGCAGGAGCCUGGGUCUCUGUUCACAAGAUGACAGGGAGGUACUUCCAGCCUUCCAUUCCACUCAGAGACCCCAAUGGUAAUGGGAGCCUGGGGGAAGUACAAAUAGCCGAACUUUUGGCUGACCACUUCGAGGAUGUUUACUGUUCCCCCGCUUCUUUCUGUGAGUUCCAUAGGACGGGGCUCCCGACAGGGUAUAGGACUAGCUCAGGACCUGGAUCGUCCAUUUACAUUUGUUGAGCUUGAGGAGGCCCUGUCACUAUCUAGGUUGGGCACUAUGCCAGGGAUAGACAACGUCUCAUAUGAAUUUCUUCGGAGGGCGCCCAGGAUCUUUCAGUCCCACCUCCUUCACUUCUACAACGUCUGCUGGUACUCUGGUGUCUUCCCUGACCCGUGGAAACACCCCAUUCUAUUACCAUUACCCAAGUCUGGGAAGGAUCCGUCUAUCCCGAGUUCAUAUCGGCCCAUAAGUCUGCUUCCAUGUCUAGGGAAAUUGAUGGAACGCCUUGUUCACACCCGACUACAAUGGGUGGUGGAAACCUCGGGUCUCCUACUAGAGGGUAUCAAUAGAUUUCGGCCGGGAAGAAGCACGAUGGACUGCCUCCUCUCCUUGGAACAUCGAAUAAUGGACACUUAUCGCCGGAGAAGAGUGCUUCUUGCAACAUUCUUCGACAUCAAGAGUGCAUUUGACUGUGAUUCAUUCUUCUGUCCUUCAUAGCCUGGCUUGAAUAGGCCUCUCGGGUCCGGUGUUGGGGUGGUUCCAAAACUAUCUACAGGGCCGCUCAUUCAAAGUGGCGGUUGAUGGAGUCGUCUCCACGUCCCACCCUGUCUUGCGCGGUGUCCCCCAGGGAGCAAUUCUCAGCCCGCUAUUAUUCUCUAUUCUUCUGUCUGAUCUCCUGGUAUUCCUGGGGGCCCAGGUUUUAGCCUAUGCCAAUGACGUAACCCUCGUGGUGGAUGGUGCCACUCCCCUGGAGGCACAAGGCUCCCUGCAAAACACCCUGACUGUGUUCUCUGCAGUUGUGCUGGGGAAGGGGCUCACCAUUAUCCCGAUGAACCAGACCAGCCAGUGGUGACCAUCGGGGGCCGUCGUCUCCCGAUCGCUACGGAACACAGGUGGCUGGGGGUCGUUCUAGAUGGCCCUCGGCUGACGUGGAGGCAUCAUGUGGAUUACCUUUGGGCCUCAUGCCUUCGUCGCGUGAACAUCAUGAAACGCCUCUCUGGUGCGGCAUGUGGGGCUUCACGGGAGUCGCUCCUAGCUCUAUAAGGCUUUCAUUCGUAGCAAGAUCGUAUAUGCGAGUGAAGUGUAUGGCUCAGCAGCAUCAUCGGUCU